UUAGAUGCUAAGUCUUUUGUAAAACGUUCGGUUUAACGCAUCAGUGAAACGGUUAUUUUUUAACAAAGAUUUGUGGCGGAUAAAUUUAGAAAAAUAUGACAAUUGUGGUGGCAAAGGGUCCCUUAAUAGGCCAACGCCAUGUCCAGGCCGUUUUGUUGUUUGCCUGUAUAGCUGUGAAUUAUAUGAUCAAAUAUAAUGCUAGCAUAGCGCUGGUGGCUAUGACCAAUGCAGAGAGUACCAACCCUGAUUUUCCGGAAUAUAAUUGGAAUGAGAUGGAAAAAUCGUACGUACUCUCCAGUUUCUAUUGGGGCUAUGUGGUGACACAAUUUCCAGCUGGCUAUGCAUGUCGUCGCUUUGGUGCCAAAAUGGUAUUGUUCGUAUCGACUUUGGGUUCUGCGAUAGCUGCCAUAAUUGUACCAUUUACCGUUAAUUGGGGUGGAUGGCAAAUAUUUUGUGCAAUACGGGUGUUGCAAGGAUGCUUUCAGGGUUUCGAUUUACCCUGUGUUCAUGCCCAUUUAGCUCUGUGGAGUCCGGUGGAGGAGAGAAAUCGUUUGGGUGCAUUAGCUAGUUCGGGUAUUGAAUGUGGAACAGUUAUGGCCAUGUUUAUAAGUGGUUUAAUUGCAACAUCAAGUCUCGGCUGGCCAGGCAUAUCGUAUAUAUCAGGUGCCGUUGGCAUAGCAUGGUGUAUUCUGUGGGAGAUAUUUGCGGCGAAUUCGCCAAACAAAUCAAGAUUUAUUUCGAAAAACGAGAGGAGUUAUAUUGAAAAUUCUAUAAAUUCGGUGAAGGAGUCAGUGGAGAUCAAGGCUGUGGAGAAGCAAAUUCCCAUACCCUGGAGGGCAAUUUUACAUUCUCCACCUUUUUGGGCUUUGUUGAUCGUACGAAGUGCCGAAAAUUGGGGAUUUUCGGCCAUACAAGCCGAACUGCCGGCCUAUAUGAAUGGUGUCUUUCGCAUGGAUAUGAAAAGCAAUACCCUAUACUCAGCAUUGCCGUAUAUCGCCCUAUGGAUAUUGUCCUAUUGUUAUUUAAUAUUGGCCGAUGUCCUUUUGAGAUAUAAAAUUGUAACGCUUAAUGUUUUGAGAAAGAGUUUUAACACAAUAGCAUUUUGGAUACCAACGGUGGGCCUAAUCGGUGUGGGAUUUCUCGAGGCUGAUCAGCAAACACUGGCCAUAGUUUUAAUGAUUGCCAAUGUGGCCUUGAAUUCUGGCUGCACAAUUGGCAGUGGCUUGAACUCCAUUGAUUUGUCACCCAAUCAUGCGGGUAUAUUGACGAGCGUAACGAAUGCCGUGGGCAGUAUAAUGCCCAUUUUGACGCCCUUGGUGGCAGGGGCCAUUGUAAAAGAUGAGAGCAACCGCAUUCAAUGGCAGAUUGUGUUCGCCAUCACCGCUGCCGUAUUUUUUGUGGGAAAUUUAGUUUAUAUUAUUUGGGGAUCGGCAGAGCUGCAGGUUUGGGAUAAUCCCAACUUUCUCACACCGGAGAAGGAUGAACCCAGCGAACAAGAACAAAAUAGAAGUCAUCUGGAAAAUGGAACAAAAUUUUAAUUGAUAGUGUAUGUUAUUAUAUUUUAAGUUUAAAAUAAUUUAUAUAUUUGUAACACUUUAAAAAUAAAGAAAAUUUUAUUAUUUAGGAACUUUAGAA